GAACAAACUAUCGUACAAAAUGCAAGCGCUAGACUCUACGAAUAAGUUCGAUUAUACUGACAAAGUCUUGGAGAUAAUCGGAGGCCAAGGUGUUGCUAGCGAGUCGGUUAAAAAAAGACUACGGGAACUUUUUAUAGAGGUCAACAAAGAUGUACAGAUUGAGACGGAAAACAAAUUAGACAACUAUCAACAGUUGAUGGAUGAAGCAGCCAGGGAAGAAGAGGAAGCAGAUGCGAGAGCGGAAGCGAAAGCGAAGGCAGAAAAUGCCGAAAAGAAGGAAAGGCAGAUGGAAAGAGAACAGAGAAAAUUGGAUCAUGGAAUGAUCCUCGCUGCAGUGGAAAUUUUGCGUACCAUACACCAAACAACUAUGCCUCUUCGUCAUAAUAAAUGGCGAAAGCCAAACGCAGGGUUCACAAACCAAAAUAUCAGAAUCCUUGGCAAGAUCGGUGAAGGCAGUUUUGGAGCAGUAUACCUUAUUGAGAACGGUGAGACUAAGAGUCAAUAUGCAAUGAAGACUCAGCUUGUGAGAGUUGAAGAUGGGCUGGCGAAGACACCCCCAGCUUGGAGGGGAGCCGCGACUCCUCCCAUCACACCUUCUUCCGAGGCUUCGAAAAGAUCCGAGAAAGCAAUGAAAGAACGACAUUUAAUGACUAAACGGUUCAAUGAAACCAAAUGCUAUUUGCAAUACAUACGUUCUAGUCAUCCUUCCAUCUGUAACUUAGAAGCUUUUUUCGACUUGCGACUACCAGAUCAAGAUGAACUUGAUAACGGCCACUGUCAUAUUUUUGAGUAUUGUGACUGGGGGACUUUGGAGCACAUUGUGGUGCAGUAUAAUACACCACGGUGGGGCACAGGAGAGCCUGAAAAUUCUAUAUGGGGCCACAAACCAAAAAAUAUGCCAGCAAUAUACAAGCACGCAGCAAUACCAGAAGCGUUUAUUUGGCAUGUCUACAUGCAGACAAUGGAAGGUCUUAGUUUCCUUCAUGGUGAUCACGAACUUAAUAAGAAGCAAGAGUUCCACCAACGCAAUCAAGUUAUCUGCCUUGAUAUCAAGUUGGAUAACAUAUUUUUGCACGACUCUGGGAAACCAAACACGUAUCCAACUGUUAAAAUUGGGGAUUUUGGAGAGGCCACCUAUGUGCCGUAUGGAGAUAGUCGCUGGCAUGACACGGGAAACGCGUUGUGCAGAGCGGCCGAGGAACCUUAUUUAAGCGCCAAAUAUGACGUUUGGUGUGUCGGGGCAGUAUUACACGUUAUGUCGCACUCAGGUAGACGACCACUGAGACCUGGAGGAUUUACAAAAGAAAAUAUCAAGGAUGAGCCAAAAUGGGGAAUAUGCGAUCCACAUCUUUCUAAAGUUUUGGCUAAAGAGCUUGAAAAGCCAAGAGAAAUGGACGAAAACAAGAGAAUGACUGCAGCUCAAAUCUUAAAACAUAUAAAGCCAAUAGCCGAAGAAAUGAUACGUUUGACAUAUAGACGUUUGCAACCUUGGGCACGACCGGAGUUACAGAUAGAAUUUGACGAAGGCUAUCUUGAACAGAUUGAAGGGGGAUCUGUGCUCAGUGAGAUUGAAGAAAGUGAGGAUGACGAUGAUGAUGACGAUGAUGAUGACGAUGUGAUAGUCAAUGAACCUUCCGGAGGAGAAGGGGGACCUGUUGGUGGCACAGGAGCAGAAGUAGGAGUUCAACCUUCGAACCCAACUGGUACUCCAGGAUCUGGAGAAAAGAAAACUAAAGAACACUUAGCCAAAGACCAGUUAGCCAAAGACCAGUUAGCCAAAGACCAGUUAGCCAAAGACCAGUUGGCCAAAGAGAAGUUAGCCAGGGAGAAGCAAGCCAAGGAGCAGCAAGCCAAGGAGCAACAAAAGGAGCAGUUAAGAAUACAACGGGAAGAGGAGUUGAAAAGACAACGAGAAGAGGGUCAGAUUGACGAAAGUACAUCACUCGCGCCGCCCCAGAAAAGGCGGUUUAUCAGAUACCGAAAACUCCGAGCUUACCGGGAAUGAUGCAUGCUUGAAGUCGAUCUUUAGUGAGUUCGAUCAAGUCGACAUGUCUUAUGAUAGCACUAGCUAAUGUACAUUGCAUCAGGAUUGGCCAACGGC